GGAUCAGUUGGAUGUGAUGUUGAUAUGGAAGAUGCGAAUAAAGUGGUGUUAGCCUUGUCCGGGAAAUCCAUUGAUGAGGUAAUUGCAGCAGGUCUGGCAAAAAUCUCGUCAGUGCCUUCAGUUGAUGCAGUAUCAAGAGUGGCUCCAGUUGCUUCAGUAACUCCCAUUGACGUGUUGGAGACAGAAUCCAAAAAAGAGGAGAAGAAAGAGGAACAGAAAGAGGAAUCGGACGAAGACAUGGGAUUCGGAUUGUUCGACUAGGCUUUCCACUGUUCUUAUUGUUAUGUUGUUUUUUUAUACAUGUCUCAAAAUUCAGACCAUAAACUUUGUACAAAACC